AGCAGUUGACGGUUAUUUAAUUACACAACAUAACCUUAUGAAUUGAAACCCAUAAAACCAGAUUUCCUUCACGAUGCGGAAGCUAGUUAGAUGUAAAAUUGAGUUCGAUCAUGGAUUCAUGAAAGGAAGUGGAAGCGUUAAGCUGGUAGAAUAACAUUGAAAUUCUGUUCUCUUGGUAAGAUACAAAUAUCCAGAAUGAAGAAAUAACACCUUAAGUAUCAGUGAUACUGUAUCACUAGUAUUUGAAGCCUUGAGCUAAAAGGUUUCAUGAAGGAAGAGAACUAGAAAUGGAUAACACCAGCAAUCUUAAUGGCAAUACCCCUUCUUCUGGUAGAUUAUAUGAAGGAAAAUACGCAACAUAUUUCUCUACCAUGAAUCCCUUGGCUGCUAGAAUUUACGAAGACAUAAACAAAGCCGAAGAUAAGUGUCCAAACUUUGCCACAUUGUCCUACGAUGAAAAAUGUUCAGUAAUUGACAAACACUUGCUGUCACCUACUACAGAAAGAAACACCUCGCAUACCACCGCACUUUUACUUUCAGUGUAUCCCAAGACGCCAGUGGUUGAAAAUUAUUCAGAUGAUAGCAGCUCAAGCAUUUUAACUGGCCGAGGGAACUCUGGACGGUUCAGUUCUUGCACCGAAAGUCAAAUUGAAUCAUGCAACUUGACAAAAUUGUUAAAAAGAGUGACGCUGUUGACUAAGAAAAAGCAAUAUGAGCGAUCAUCCAUGAGCAAAAAGACAAAAGCUCCAGCCCCAAAACCUAACAACAAUAUAAUGGUGUCCAAAUCUAGUACAGAAAGUUUUUCGGAUGAAAUUUUAACCACAACAAAUCAUUUCAAGUCCACCAACGACAGUGAAAUCUGGCAUCAUAUGAAUGACAAUAAUAGAGAAAAUAAUUUAAAGUGUUUGGUUUCCUCUACAAUGACUAAUACGAAGUACUCUAAUAAUGAGCCUGUUGUUUCACAUAAAUUUUUAACAAGAGCAGAAACUCAUGAUAAGGAUGAUGAGGAUCGAUUACCACAACAGAAACAAAACUCUGACCUCAUUGCAGAACUUCAAGCAAAGUUGAAACGCAAAGACUGCGGAGAUCAAGGAGGGCCUGGAAAGCAUCACGUUCUGAAACCCAAGGCGCCACCCCCACCACCGCCUUCACAGAAAGUGGCUAAUACUGGAAACGUAACGUCAUCAAGAGAAACGGAUAAGAGUUUUAAGAAACCAUUGGAAGCUCAAGAUGAGUUUGUUGUGGACGUAUCCAGUCCAUGCCGGAUUGCCACUCCCAAAACUGGAUUUGACUUUUUGGACAACUGGUAGAUUAUGAACAUUGAUCAUCAUUGAUUGCUGUGGGUCAAGUCAUCAACGUUCAUACAUAUUAUUAUGUAUUAGUAUUUGUUAAUUUAUUUUAAUAUGUUUAUGUAAAAACUGCUGUAUAAAGCAUAAAGCCAAUAACAAUGUUUUCACUUUUUUAACAAUAAAAAA